CCUCUAUAAAAGGACCUUCAUAUUGUAUUUAUUAUUAAUGAACAUACAUGACAUAUUUACCACUGGACGUUAAGCAAACAGCAAAUCAAUCAAUAUAAGUUAUUUAAGUUCUGCGGGACUUAAAUGUAAUCUAUCUAUUCGUGUAAAUGACCUGAUAAUAAGAUACUUGUUCAACAGAAACAAACAUGGAUGUGUACACAUAAGCUUAACCCAUUUUACGAGAUGCAUUGCUAUACUAAAAAUUGCCUUUCUUUCAUUAGGUUUAAUCCACUCAGAAGUUCACAAGCUUUUCAUAGACCAGCUUAUUGUUCACAAAAAAUUGCAACAACUGAGCCAUCGUCUCCUAACGUUCGAACAGAAAUUCCUGGACCAAAGUCUCGACAACUGUUAAAAGAAUUGGAUCGUAUUCAGAAUACAGGAGCGGUACAGUUCUUUGCUGACUAUGACAAGAGUUACGGGAACUACCUUGUUGACGUUGACGAUAAUUGUUUGUUGGAUCUGUACACACAGAUUGCUUCUAUUCCCAUAGGCUAUAACCACCAGAGUUUGAUUGAUGCUGUGAAGAAUGAAGACAAUUUGUCCACUUUUGUAAACCGACCAGCACUAGGAUGUUACCCACCCCGAGAUUGGAUCACAAGAUUACAAACAUCACUGUUAGCGGUUGCACCGCCUGGUCUUUCUGAAGUACAGACCAUGGCAUGUGGAGCAUGCUCAGUUGAACAUGCACAGAAGGCAAUGUUCAUUGCUUUUCAGAGAAGAAAACGAGGAGGCGCUCCACCAACACAAGAGGAACUUCAAUCGUGUAAAACAAAUGAACUUCCAGGCACCCCUAAUUUGUCUGUAUUGUCUUUUAAAAAUGCUUUUCAUGGGCGUACUAUGGGUGCAUUAGCUCUUACACAUACUAAACCGAUGCAUAAACUAGAUUUACCACAACCUAAAUGGCCUAUUGCUACUUUUCCAAUGUUAAAGUAUCCUUUAGAGGACAACGUCAGGGAGAAUCAAGCCGAGGAGAAACGAUGCCUUGAAGAGGUUGAAGAUUUAAUUGAAACGUGGAAGAAAAAGAGUGAACCGAUUGUUGGGAUUGUUAUAGAGCCAAUACAGGGAGAGGGAGGAGAUAACUUUGCCUCACCACAAUUUUUUCAAGGUUUACAAGAUAUAUGUAUUAAGAAUGAUAUCUGUUUUAAUUUAGACGAAGUACAAACCGGUUGUGGUGUUACAGGUCUAUUCUGGGCUCAUGAACAUUUCAAUCUUAAACAACCACCUGAUAUUGUUACAUUUAGUAAAAAGAUGUUAACUGGAGGAUUUUUCUACAGGUCUGAAUACAGACCACAAGAGGCUUUCAGAAUAUUUAACACAUGGGUUGGAGACCCAUCAAAGGUUGUUUUACUGGAAGCUGUAAUUAAAGUCAUAAAGCGGGAAAAUCUUCUCAAUCGAGUUUCAGAAAUUGGAAAUUAUCUGUGGCCCGAGGUAGAAAGAAUUCAGGAGCAAUAUCCAGAUUUGAUUAGCAGAGUACGAGGUUUAGGCAUAACGGGAGCAGUAGAUUUUCCAAAUCUAGAUGAUAGAAAUAAAGCAAUAUCCAAGUUAUUAUCAAAAGGUGUUAAUACCGGUGCCUGUGGAGAAAGCUCUCUCAGACUGAGACCCACUCUUACUUUACAGAAACAGCACGUGGACAUUUUUCUGGACAGGUUAAAUUCAGUUUGCCAAGAAAUGAGCUAACUACUGAUCUCAAUUUAUUCCUCUUUAUCUACACUUGCAAUAUAGAAUUAUUUUAUUCAAGACAAUUAUAAAUUUAGAAAAAAGUAGCAAUAUUUCUGAAAUAUUGAAAUCUUUUCUAGAAAAUAUCCAAAAUGCAUUGGAGUACGUUCACAUGUGUUUUUCAAUUUAUUUUAACCAUCAAAUAUCAUGUUUAAAUAUCGCCAGCCCAGGAAUCAGCACUUGUGUGUUGAUAUGAAUGAUAAUUGAUAAUCUUCAAAGAUAAGAAAAGUUAACUUUGAACUUUAGUAAAUUUUGUUCUUUUAAAAUCAAGUAUUAUUAGAUGCAAUAAAAUCUGAUAUAAAAGUUAAAAUAUUUUAUAAAAACAUUUGUCACUACAGCAAUAAGACAGUCAUUUACUGAUUCUAAAUUCUGCCACCAUAAUUCUUGUAAUAUUCUGCAAAAUAGCUUUGCCUAUAUAUCAGCGGAAAAUUUGUGAAUGUAAACAAUCUAAUGAAUUUUCUAAACUAAGUGUUUAUAUUCUGUGUUUCCUAACUAUGUGGUUAUUGUUAACAUGUUCCUAAAUUAAAAUUUACCAAUAACUGAACGUUUUUUAUAUUUUCAUACCCGACCAGUUUCAUAAUUUAAUAUCACCACGUUUUGAUAAUGUAGAACUACCUAUAAUUUCAUACGCUUAUAAACGUUAUACAGGAUGUCUUGUGUCUAAGUAUUCGUCAUAAACAUAAGACGUUACUACUGAUGAUAAUUAUCCGAAAAAAAUAAAACAAAUUGAUUAUACCAUAUAUCUAUUACCCCUGUGGUUAUAUCGCUACCGUUUAAUUAUGGAUAUCAUUCAAGACCAAGAGGUGAAGACAUCCGUCUUAAGUGACCAAAAUAUUGUCCGCUUUCUAAAAUAUUUAGGAACUGGAUUUUGAAUAGUAUAAAUAAGAAUUCCAAUUUCUACUAGUAGAUAUUUGAAUUCCGACUUGUUCUGGCAGGAUUUUCUGGAUCCUACUGAAUUCCCAUUUGUACUGUAACAUAUAUAUAUAUAUAUAUAUAAUUAUAUUAAAUGACUGAAUAAUAGCCAACGAUAAAUCUUACGGUGCGAUGGAUCAUAUAAAUAUGAUACAGUACACUACAAAAUAUAAUAUAUAACCAGUCUAAAAGGGUACAACAUCACCAACAAAUGACAAUAAACGAACAAAUGUAACUAUAAAUAUUUCGGAUAACAGAUAUCCUUCAUCAGUAUGAGCACGAUGUAAAAUGAAUCAGAUCAAUCUAUUCUGAUUAUUAAACUAUAGCAAUCUUGAAUUCUAUACAAUAAAAAAAGUGAAACAGUUUCACCCGAA